AUGCCAGCGCACCCCGAGCGUCUCGCCUGUGGCCAUGUCUACUGCACCAACUGCCUGCGUCACUUCCUCACAACGGCAGCCACGCGUACUACAUUCCCCCUUGUGUGCAUGGGGAAUGGUGCGCAGUGUGGCUCGCCGAUCCUGAUUCCCGUCAUUCGUCGUUUUGUGCCAGCGCAGCACGCGUUUGACGCGCUCCUCCGCGCAGCGUUUCUCGCGCACCUCGAGCGCCACACUGACGAGUAUAAAUUUUGCACCACUCCGGAUUGCACGCAAAUUUAUCGCGCAAGUACGCCAGGGAGCGAGGGCGCGUUUGUCGAGUGUCCGUCAUGCUUUGGAGCGGUCUGUACGGCGUGUCACGAAGAGGCGCAUGAGAGUUUCAGCUGCGGCGAGCGCGCCAAAGUGCAAGAGAAGGAAAAUGAGCGCUUGUUUUCAGUGUGGGCGGGGCAGAACGGGGUUAAGCAUUGCCCCGCGUGCAAGAUCCCGAUUGAGCGUAUCGAUGGUUGCAACCACAUCGCGUGUCGAUGCGGGAGGCAUAUUUGUUGGAAAUGCAUGGCUGUUUUUGACACCUCAGAGCAGACCUAUGGACACAUGACCGCAGCGCAUGGUGGUCCCUUCGACUACAACGGGCACUGAUGAUUCGUAUCUCACUUCUUUCUAGGAUUCGUACUUGUAGUGGCAUUGCAUUUGGCGAUACGAAGAUCAUGUCUCUUUUUCUUCUUGUUAGAGAUGUCCCUGCCUGAGGACACUAUCUUUCACUGCGCGCGCGACGCUAAGUAUGGUACUGAAAGCAGUUUGGCAGAAACAUGGAGAUUCGUAGCUAACAGAAAUUCGACAAAUCCGAUCGUCUGACAUGAACACUACUCGGUUUGUUCAGUAAUAGUCAGCCAAAUAAUUCAUCACAAAACCUUUGCCCUCCCGAUAAACCUUCUCGAACAAAGACCCCUGAUUAUAUGUGUAGUAUCGCUCGUUAGCGACUUCAGCUUCCCGGUAGAGACCUUCCAACAAGUUUAUCUCGUCGUUGCUAAAAACGCCCUCUAUAUCCUCACUGUGUCCCACACCUUCAUGCCCAGCCGCGGCAACAUUGCCAUUGCAGCUGCUCGCCGCGGCGCGCACGAGGCCCUUGGCCCCCCACGAGACAGGCCGUUGGCCUCUGCGAGCGUUGAACGCGGUCACAGAGGCGCUGUAGCUCCAAGACAAACCUGAUGCACCAACGGGUUCGCCAGUUUGAUUGUGGAACUGUUGAGGCAGCGAACCGCCGGCGCCGGUGUACUUGGCCGCAAUCAUGAUGGUGUUAUCGGCGAAUUCUUGUACACCAGCCACAAUCUUCCUAUAAGUCGGAUUUCCUUUCUUGAAAGUCGAGGCUCUGAUGCCUGACACGAAUUGGCGGAAGAAUGGCUGAGAUGUCGAUGUCACAGUAAUUUCUCCGGCGCGAUCCCAAGACAUGAGUGCAUCGUAUAACUGUUCUGCGACCCCGAAGGUGGCCAGGUACCAGGGAUGGAAGUAAAUUUGAUCUUCGGUCCAGAGGCCGAUAGCUGCAGCUCCCUCCUUCGGGUUGAUUGGGUAAGAUCUGAAGCCAUCUACAACAGCUUUGAGAUUUGCCAAGGCUCUGUCUGAGCAAGGCUGGAGCGUGAGAGGAUCACAUCCAGCUGCAGGAUCCCAGUUGUAGAUAGAGGCG